AUGACUGAAAGAUUAGAUGAAGCACUAGUGCGUAUAUUUUACUGUGUGCAACAACAUUAUUUCAAAGAAGAAAUUGAGCUGCUAUUGAAGAAUAGAGAAUUGCCAGCAAACAGUAAAUAUAAAAAUAUGAGCAUUUUUGUAGAAGAUACUUAUGGUGUUCCGCUACUACGUGUUGGUGGGAGAUUAGCGAAGGCUGCAUUACCAUAUGAUGCUAAACAUCAAAUUUUGUUACCGAAUAACUCAGAAAUAGUUUGCAGUUUUGUACGAUUUCUUCAUUUCAAAUAUUUGCAUGCUGGUACGCAAGCGCUUAUGGCUAUAGUUAGGCAGCGAUUUUGGAUAUUUCAUGCUAGAGGAGUAAUACGCAAAAUUACUGGUAGUUGUCUACAAUGCUUUAGAUGCCAUCCAAAAUUGAGUAAUCAGAUUAUAGGCGAUUUACCCUCUUCUAGAGUCACCGUAGCGAGGCCAUUCACUGUGACUGGAGUGGACUUUUGCGGCCCUAUUACAACAACGUAUCUACUUCGUGGGUACAGAACAACAAAAAGCUAUAUUGCUGUUUUUAUUUGUUUUGCCACAAAAGCUGUGCAUAUGGAGGUGGUCUCUGAUUUGACUGCAAAGGCUUUCCUGGCUUCAUUAAAAAGAUUUGUAGCACGACGCGGCUUAUACUUAAAAUUAUUUUGCGACAAUGCCACUAAUUUUGUGGGUACUCGUAAAGAGCUCGAGGAAAUGAAAUGCAAGUUUUUUGAUCAACAAGUACAGGGCAAGAUUUCAAAAUAUUGUACUGCCAAUAGUAUUGAAUUUCAUCAUAUACCACCCAGAUCCCCCCACUUUGGUGGACUAUGA